AUGCCGGCACUGAACGUCACUGAAGCGGUGCUUCCCGUAACGGACGAUGCCGCAGAAUCGCCUACUUGCGGUGAGUUAGCAGUUCUUCUGAACAGUUUCGCGUUUCCCACUUGUGUUUUGAGUGUUUUUACCAGUUAUUUGUCAAUACAGUAG